GGGAGGGGGAAGGAAAUGUGUACUUUUCCUCAAGAGCUCCCUGCUAAAUAGUAACUAAUUAAAACAAGAGCACUUUAUUAUCCAAAAGCAGGAAAUAGCUAGCAGCUGCUUGCUAUAGACUGGCAAAUUUCUAUUUGGGAGAUCUCUUUUCAGUUCAGGGCAGGACCACAGGAACCAAGAAUUGUACAGAACUCUCAGGAUAGGGGUGUGUAGGCAAACGUGGUCCACGGAGCCCUGAUCUGGCAGCCAUGUACUGUGAUCAGCAGCCUCACUGGGUAAUGGGCUGUUGGACUGAGCGAGACAGAGAAGUCUCUUCUGAGACUGUGCCCAAGAUUUAUUUUUGUAGUGUUUUUGAGAGGAGGGCUAUACAGCAGCUGAAUCCAAGGCUCUUACUCCCUGAAAACAGUGAAACCACUGACAGAAAGUACCAAUCUAAAGCUUGAUUUUCUCAAGCCUAGGACCAUUGAUUCUAACAUGCAGAGCAACGAUAAGCACCAUAAAGCAAUUAGACUUUUUUUUUUUUUUUUGGCACUGCAGACUUUAGCUGAGUUUACUUUUGUCUGUUAGUUCCAUUCCACUCUGUAAAAUAUUGCCCUUGUGCUACAAAAAUAUUUGCUCUGCAAAACUAAAUACAGUAUAUACCUUAAGUGCAGGAAUGCCUGUUUGUGCACAGACACAGAUGGGCAGGGGCUGAGUGGUCUGCAGGUGGUAUAAACAGCCCACACUGUCCUGCUUUAAUGUACUGAGCUAUUCAUCCUCACAGAUUAAAAAAAAAACUCCAAGAAACUGCAUCUGGAAUGUGUGGACCUUCUGGUCCCAAGCAGCUGCUCCCCCGAUGCUGUUGGAUGUAUGUAGAUUUAAAGUAAAUAUUUAUAUAUGGUAUUUUCAUGUUACUAUAUAUAUAAAUAUAUAUGCACAUUGUAAACAAAAGAUGGAUAUUGCAGGGCAGAAACUUGAUGAAAGAAUCUAUUUUUGGCAUGCUGAGAUUGUAUUUUAAAAAGUUCCAUUUUAUGUAUGUAAUGUUCAUGGCUGCAAGUAUUAGAUAAAUGUAUGUAACAUUUAUAGAAGGUGGAGAUCCCUGGGGGGAUCAGCUGAAGUCAAAGCUGAGUUAAGGGGUUUUGCUGCAGCAUCAUGGAAUUACACUGAAAUGUGAAUUUAGCCAUUAGCUGCUGACAGGCAAACUGCAAAAUAGCUGUGAAACAAACCAUGAAAUCAUCAGCAAUGCCCAAAGAUACCCUUGGGAAUCACACACUGCCUUUUCUGGCUCAUGUUAGACUAACUGGAGUUUAUUAUCAUGUCAUUAUGGUGCAGAAGAAAAUGUUUUGGAUCACCCUGAGAGUAUCUAAAACGUGCUAAUCACCACUUUGGCUCCUGAGGGCUUGCAAUUUGGACACACACAUCAUAACCAGCCUUACAAAGGAGGGAAAUGAUCUCCUUCUAGCCAUCUCCAGAGAAAGGACUUGCAGCUCUCCUCACUGGCUCUGAAAUAGCUGUACCCUGUGGACAGCUGUCUGGCUGCUCUAGUGCAGCACACAGGUUUUCCUGGGGCUGAGACAAUUAACUGCACCCCUGACAGCAGGUUUCAGCCUGGGAAGCCCACAGAGCCUUAGGCUGCACUGGCAUUUGCCAAAUGCUCACAUUUGACAGGAGCUGCCACACCAGUGUGGGCAGGCAACUUGCUCAUGUUAAACCUCUGAAGAGAGCAAAAGCCAUUUUUCUCACAGGUGCUGAGCAUGCUCUGCUACCACUCUGUUGGUGAGAGAAUCUCAGCAUGUCUUGGGAACAGCAGGGCUGAAAAAGCAAUUAUUUUUAUAGUGCACCACCUAUAUCCCCCACAUAUAUGGGGCUAUAUAAUGUACAGGUGUUGCUCUAAUGCAGCUCCAAAGGGCACCUGGUCCUGUAACAGAGGUGACAGUGUCCCAAGGAUGUCCUGAAUAACAAACUGUUCCCUCUGCUGAUCCAAACAUGCUGCACUGCUUUUACCUUCUUAGUGCACUGCAGCCAGUGCCAGCUACCUGUAGGAUGCUGCUCUAGAUUAGCUCCUAGCUCAGAGGUCACUCCAAGAAUUGCUGAAUUCCAGAUGUUAAGUUUUAUUACUAACACUGACGCACAAAUUAAAACAACCCCACAGCUUCACUUUCAAGUCCCAAGGUAGACUUGGUCACUGGCAGUCUGAGAGGCAGGAAAGCUUCAGACAUGAGCCAAGUAAACUGCUGGGACACAACACCUACAGAAUUCAUGGUGCACUUUACAGAGUGACCUUUUCUCCAGAAAAUGAGGAAGCAUCUUCCUUAAUGAAAAGUAGAGGCCUUCCCACAGAACUCUACUCUACAGGUGACAAAACAACUGUGAUUUAUUUCCUUUAUUUAAUUCAGUGUAUGUAACUUUCAAGUUUCUACUGUCACAGGUGAAUCCACAGUAGUAAGCCAUAGCAAGGACUAAAAUGCCUCUUUUUAAUGUCUACCCUACUAGAAAUCAAUGCAACUUAUAAAUGAUGUAAUCUGCAAUGUAGUUUUAUGCAGGUGGCUGGGCAGCUGGCUUUGGUUUUGUGGACUGAUUGUUGGGAGAUGGCACAGACAGGCCAGCCCGUCACCCUGAUUUCCCAUGCGUUUUUCUGUCGUAUCAGUUGCGUUUAAUGAGUGGCAUUCCAAGUACUUUAGCUGGUUCGUGCUUUCCUCCAGUAUCUCGGUGCCAGAACCGGUGUUAUCUCCGCUGUGAAGACAUACGAUGCUGCUUUCCAUAGUGUUAGAGCCUUAAGCGCAUGUCGUGUUCAGCGAUGUCCGGCUGUGCCUGUCCCGUCCGCGUGUCAGUCGCUCCCCUUGCCUCAGCAUUUUAUGCAAACGUUGUCGCGAGGAUUAAAUACAAAGGAACGACGGCAAAGGACAGAGUUCUGUGUUUGAGCCUGUUGCGUAACACGGUCGGUUUGCGGCGCUCUGAAGGGUUUCAAUACGCGGUUUAUCCCCACAGCAUGUUAAUGUUUACCUCUCUGCUCCCCGCCUGGUGCGGGGCUGUUGCGGAAACGGGCUGUGGCUCUGGCUCUGCACCUGUGCAUUGGCGGGGGCAUACCACACUGCGCUGGGAACUCAGAACCACCGACACAAGGGUUAUUACUACUGUUGCUGUUGUUGUGUGGGACCGGUUGGGGAGCGCGGCCGGGAGGGCGGAGCAGCGGCCCCAAGAUGGCGGCGGCACCGCCCCGGCCCGGCCCCCGUCCCUGCCCUCCCUCCGUCCCGGCAGCAGCCGCGGCGGCAGCGAUGGCGUCGGGGUGUCGGAUCGGGCCCUCCAUCCUCAACAGCGACCUGGCGGCGCUGGGCGCCGAGUGCAGCCGCAUGCUGGACUGCGGGGCCGACUACCUGCACCUGGAUGUAAUGGACGGACACUUCGUCCCGAACAUCACCUUCGGCCACCCCGUCGUGGAGAGCCUGCGCAAGCGGCUGGGCCAGGAGCCCUUCUUCGACAUGCACAUGAUGGUGGCCGCGCCCGAGCAGUGGGUGAAGCCCAUGGCAGUCGCUGGUGCGAACCAGUACACCUUCCAUCUAGAAGCGACAGACAAUCCCGGGGCGCUGAUAAAGGACAUUCGGGAGAAUGGGAUGAAGGUUGGCUUGGCCAUCAAGCCUGGCACUACAGUUGAACACUUGGCACCUUGGGCCAAUCAGAUAGACAUGGCUUUGGUGAUGACGGUAGAACCUGGGUUCGGAGGACAGAAAUUUAUGGAAGACAUGAUGCCAAAGGUUCAGUGGCUGAGGACACAGUUUCCCUCCUUGGAUAUAGAAGUGGAUGGAGGAGUUGGGCCUGACACCAUCCAUAAGUGUGCAGAGGCAGGUGCCAAUAUGAUUGUGUCUGGCAGCGCCAUCAUGAAGAGCGCAGACCCCAGGUCUGUGAUCAACCUCCUGAGGAAUGUGUGUUCAGAAGCAGCCCAGAAGCGCAGUCUGGACCGAUGAGACCUGCCCAAGCUGUGUUCCACAAGGCUCUGGGCAUGCAGGAGAACCCUCUUCUCAUGCAUAAGUGAGGGCUGGAUGAACACCAACUACAGAAACUUCCUGCUGCUGAACAGAGGAAUCAUUCCUUCACUGCAGUCAAGCGAGCAGCAGUGAGAAACACUCUAGCUGUCUUUCAGGGUUGGAAAUGCAAUGGUUUGAACCUGUCUCUUGAUUUUGUGGAGGCUAAUUUUGUGGCACGACCUCUAAUGCUGACUGGAUUGAACUGCAGUCAGUUUGUUGCUUGCUAGAAGAGUGUAGCAUUGCCACAAGAAUCUCUCUUGUGGAAGACUCUUAAUCAAACUGCCUUCUGCUGUCUGUAUUUUGUCAUUUGAUCUGUACAUUCCUACAAAACUUUUCCACUACUGCAUUAAACACCCCUUCCUUGGUGUGUUAAGUUCUUCAA